UGGAUGCAAACUUUGGAAAGUUAAGAAAGCAUGGCGGGAAAGAGUUUGAGGGGACAACUGAUCCAAUUGUAGCAGAGGAAUGGCUAAAGUCUGUUAAAGGUGUGUUUACACAAUUUAAUACCCAACCGACAACCCAAAUGAAAGUGAGGUAUGUAACCUCAUUAUUUCUUAAGGAUGCUAGAAACUGGUGGGAGACAGUCCCAAGUAGCCAAACACAACCAUUGACAAUGACAUGGGAAGAAUUCUUAAAGGAGUUCAAGAUGAAGUAUAUGCCACCAAUAUAUCAAGAGAGGAAGAAACUUGAAUUCCUUGAAUUAAAACAAAAUGAGAUGUCUGUUGUCGACUAUGAAUUACAAUUUACAAGGUUAUCUAGGUAUGCACCAGAGGAAGUGGCAACUGAUGAACUGAAGAGAAAUAGAUUUGAGAGGGGUUUGAGAUUGGAGAUUCGUGAAAAGUUGGCAGUGCAACCACCUACCUUUAUUGCUUUAUUGGAAGCUGCAACAAGAGCAGAAGAAUUAUUCUUAGAAAGAAAUAUAUUAGAAGCAAAGAAAAAGAAGAUAAUUGGGACAUUUACUCCAUCUUUCUCUAGAGGUACCUCAUUUACACCUAGGGGAGGAUCAGGAGGUCAGCGAGGAGGUUUUAGAGGAAGGGGUAGUUAUCAACUUAGAGGGCCAAGUAGUAUAACUUUGGGUAGAAGUGGUGGAUCAGUGAACAUGCGAGGUAAUUCUAGGUUUACUGGUAGAGGAUAUAGACCCGUUUGUGGCACUUGUGGAAGGACCCAUUCAGGAGAGUGUUGGGGACCGAGAGUGCAGGUUUGUUAUAGAUGUGGGAAACCUGGGCAUUAUGCCAAUGAGUGUGUGGUAGGUAGAGGAGCAUCGAGUACCUACCAUUCAGGAGGACAAAGUAGUGUUGGGGAUAAUGUAGUACCUACAACGACUGGUCGUGGAAGAGGUAGGGGAGGUAAAAGUGCAGCUACAGCAGCAUAUGUCCAUAUUGAAGAUGCGAACCAAUCCUUACCGCAGGCAAGAGUGUAUGUUGUUACGAGGCAGCAAGCAACUACUUCUCCAGAGAUAAUAACUGGUUCAUCCAAAGGCAAAGAAGUGGUAAGAGAAAAAGAAUAGGAUUACUUUGUUAUCC